AUGAUCGAUACCGCUGGUUCAUUAGUGCUCAUCAACAUCCAGGAGUUUCCUUUCCUGUCACCCAUCAGGAUGGAGGGUGAGGAGGACGGGGAGGGGCGAGUCAGGGAGCUGCAGGAGCAGAGGAUGACAGUCCAGAAGAAAACCUUCACCAAGUGGAUGAACAGCGUCUUUUCCAAGAACGGGGAGAGCCUGGAGCUGACUGACGUCUACACAGAGCUGAAGACCGGAGUCACUCUGAUUCGUCUGCUGGAGCUCAUCUCCAGGGAGAAGCUGCCUCCGCCCAGCCGCCGCAAACUGAGAGUCCACUGUCUGGAGAACAAUAGCAUCGCCAUCAGCUUCCUCAAAACAAAAAUUCGGGUGGAUCUGAUCGGUCCUGAGAACGUGGUGGACGGGGACCGUACGCUGAUCCUGGGUCUGCUGUGGAUCAUCAUCCUCAGGUUCCAGAUCGGACCCAUUAACCUGGACGAGGCGGGUGGUGUUGCUAGCGUGGCUCAUCGCUCGGCGAAGGAGGCUCUGCUGAUCUGGUGUCAGAGGAAAACGUCAGGUUACGACGGCGUUGACGUGCAUGACUUUUCCUCCAGCUGGAGGAACGGACUCGCUUUUAACGCCCUCAUCCACGCACACCGACCUGAUCUGUUUGACUACCGCCGUCUUCAUGGCGACGACCCCCAUCGUAAUCUAGAGCACGCCUUCUCCCUGGCGGAGCGGGAGUUUGGGAUCAUGCAGCUGCUGGAGGUGGAGGACAUUGUGGUCCCUCAUCCAGACGAGAAGUCCAUCAUGACCUACGUGUCCCUGUACUACCACUACUUCUCCAAGAUGAAGCAGGGCCAGACCUUCCAGAAGAGACUCGCUAAGAUAGUUGGGAUGCUGAUGGAGUUGGAUGACAUGAAGGUCCAGUAUGAGAGAAUGGUCUCAGGUCUGCUUCACUGGAUCAAAACCAAGGUGGUGCAGCUGAAUGACAGACGAUUCCCAAACUCUGUGAGGGAGGUGCAGAAGCUGACGAUGGCUUUCAAGACCUACAGAACUGUGGAGAAACCUCCUAAAUACCAGGAGCGUGGGGCGAUCGAAGCUCAUCUGUUCAGUCUGAAGACUCAGCUGGUAGCCAACAACCAAUGGGCUUACAAUCCUCCAGAAGGUAAAAACCUGAGUGACAUAGAGAAGAGUUGGGUUUUGCUGGAGAGAGCUGAACAUGAGCGAGAGCGAGCCCUGCAGGAGGCGCUGCUUCGCCUGGAGAACUUGGAGCAGCUUGCCCAGAAGUUUGAGAGGAAGGCAGCACUGAGGGAUGGGUAUCUGGAGGACACGCUGCGUCUGAUCCGGAGGCAGGACGUCCGAAGUCUCUCCACGCUGGAGGAAGCUCAGGCAGCCAGCCGGCGCCUGGAGGCCCUGGCGACAGAUGCUCUAGCCAGAGAGCCGCGCUUCACCGCCCUGAGAGAAAUGGCCAAGACCAUCGAGAGAGGAAACUACCACAGCAAGGAGCAGAUAAUCAGGAGAGAGGAGAGCAUUAGCCAUCGAUGGAAGGACCUACUGCAGCAGCUCCAAGAGCAGAGGGGGCUGCUGGGAAAUGUAGUUGCAAAUCUCAGCAUCCUCCGAGACAUUGAGCUCGUCUCCCAGGAACUUAAAGAACUACAGUCCCAGGCCAGCUCCUGUGAACUGGGGAACCAGCUGGCGGAGGUGGAAUCUCUCCUUCAGAAGCAGGAUUUCCUGGAAGCUCGAAUCUCAGCUCACGGUGAAACCAUCAACGCUAUUAGCAGCACAGCGCUCAAGGUGAAAGUGAGAGACGGCCAGCAGAUUCAGAGCAGAGUGAGAGCUCUCGACACUCAGUACAGAUCUCUGGUUUCCCUCAGCAGCAGCAGGAGAAACCAGUUGGAGGCUCAGUUGAGGUUGUUUGAGUUCUUCUAUGACUGUGAGGAACUGGAGGCCUGGCUGUAUGAACGCUUGUUGAGGCUGCAGACGGCCGGACUCGGACGAGACAUCAACCAGAUCCAACUGAGCCAACACAAUCACAAGGUUCUGGAGACGGAGCUCCAGGCCCAGGAGUCUCUGUACCAGGGAGUUCUGGGUCGAGGUCAGGAUCUGCUGUCCAAACAGGGUCAGGUCAAUCAGCAAGCCAUCCAGAAGUGGAUCCGUACACUAAAGAAGCAGUGGAGCCACCUGACCGAUGAGGCGACGGGACGCCGCAAAAAACUGCAGGCGGCUGCAGCCAUAAAACAGUACUUUGCAGAUGUGGCGGAGGCCAACUCUUGGCUGGGUGACAGGAAGCCGCUGCUGACCAGCGAGGAUCAUGGGAAGGAUGAGUCGAGCACGACGGUGUUGCUGCAGCGCCACCUCCGGUUGGAGAAGGAGAUGACAGCCUACGCUUCAGAGAUAAAGAGACUGUCCGAGCAGGCGAGGAGCGCAGCACAGCUAACAGCUCUGACUGCGGAGACUCAGCAGAGUAAGAUGAUCCAAUACAGCGACUCAUCUGGAGAGGAGGAGGGGCCAGGAGUGGUGACAUCACCACCCCCUAGCGCCAGGGGUAGGAGGGGCUCUGGGAGCACCCCAUCUCAGAGUGAUGACAGCAAGGCCAAGGUCCGCUUCAGAUACAGCAGAGGUCAGUUUGUGUGGGAUCGUAAUGAGAUUGUAACAAUCAUCAGCACUGAAACAGAUGGAGACAGAGUUCAUGCCGCAGACAGCCGAGGAAACCAGCAGCUCAUCCCCAAAACCUACCUGACUCUGAUGCCAUCUACUGCACCUCCCCCCAAACCACCUGCCUCCACCAAUGGGGUGCCAGAAGGCCAGAGCAGGAAGCUAAGUCGCCCCAGGCGCAGACGGUCGAUGCGUCGUGGCACAGCUGAGAUCCAGACAACAUGGCUGCCAGACCCACAGUACCAGAGAGACACCGUGGAGAGCACGCAGGCCAGCCUGGACAAGGACUACAACUUCCUGUGCAACCUGGUCAAGUCAAAGAUGAAGAUUCUGGAGGAGACGCUGCGUCUGCAUCGAUUCUUCAACAGCUGCCAGGAGUUUGAGUCAUGGAUGGAGGACAAGGAGAACGUCCUGAACACUUUCAGCACUGACGCCGACAACCUGGGAGUUGUUCAGUCUAAAUAUGAGAACUUCCUGACUGAGUUGGCGAGUGGGCGUGGCCAGUUGGAUGACAUCAUCAGAAUAGCUGAUGAGCUGGUGAAGAGCCAACACAGUAAACAGAGAGAGAUCCGGGCCAGAGAAAAGAAGGUUUCCAACAGGUGGGAACGGAUCCAGCAUAUGAAGGAUGAAAAAGGACGUGAGCUGCUGAGCACAGCAGACGUGCAGUCCUUCCUGCAGAGCUGCAAGGAGGCUAAGGCUCAGCUGCAGGGUCAGCUGUCCCAGCUCGACACUGUGGACGUGGGCUGCAGCUCCUUCACCCUGCUGACUGAGGAGAAGAACCAGGUUCAGGCCCUCAGAGACAUCCAGGCCCUAGAGGGCAAGAUCGCCUACCUGAAGAGCGUUGCCAGGAUGAAGCAGGACCUCAGUCCAGCAGAGAGUGCAGCCAUCGUAGAGGAGGUUCGGGGUCUGGAGGCUCUGCUGAAUCAGUUGAAGCGUCAGGCAGCAGACAGACAGCAGCUCCUGGAGGAGGCCCGCAGGCUGCAGAGCUUCCAGCAGCAGGCCAAGGAGCUAAAGCGCUGGGCUGUUUCGGUCCAGGAGCGCCUCCUGCAGGAGGAGACGGCAACCGACGUGGCCUCAGCUGUCGCCCUGCUGGAACAACACCAAGAGCUCCAGCUGGAGAUGGAGGAGCAGAGUAGCAGGUUGAAGGAGAUGGAGAAGUUGGGACAAUCUCUUGGUUCUUCCAAUGGGAAGACAGGGAGUGUCGAUAUCCAACAAACACUGGACAAUCUCAAAGCUGAUUUGUUCAAGCUUGACAAGAUGUGGACCAGUAGGAAGAAGUGUUUAAUGCAGGGAGUGGAGCUCCAGAGGCUGAACCAGUUAGGAGAUCGGAUCGAGGCGGCGCUGUCUGGACACGAAGCCCGACUGAGGGUCAGAGACGUCGGGGACUCGGUGGACAGUGUGCACAGUUUGCUGGGCCGACAGGAGGAGCUGGAAGGUCUCCUGAAGGCUUUGGACCAACAAGUCGAACAUUUCACUGAACGCAGCCAGGAGCUCAUCGACCAACAACACUAUGCUGCAAAACUCAUCAAGGAAAGGAGCAGGAGCAUCCAGACAGCCAACAGGAAGUUGAAAGAGAGCAGCAGGGAGAGGAGGAGUUUGCUGCUGGCCUCAAAGAAAUAUCAGGAGUUCCUGAGAGAUGCAGACGAGCUGCUGCUUUGGAUUGAGGAGAAGUUUAAGGUGGCGGAGGACGAGUCAUACCGCGACCCCACCAACAUCCUCCGGAAGCUGAAGAGACACGAGGCGGCUGAAAAGGAGAUGCAGGCUAACCAGGUCUGGCUAGACCGACUGGUUCAGGUGGGACAGGAGAUGCUUACUGAAGAGCACUACAACAGUCAGAGCAUCAACAGGAAGUCUACUCAGCUCAGCAGCCGGUGGGAAAUACUUCAAAACAAGAUGGCUGACAGAGGAGACAAACUGAGACAGGCGGGACAGCAGGAGCAGCUGAUGGAUCUGCUGCAGGACGCCAAGCUGAAGAUUGAGGCCAUCCAGUGGAUGGUGAACAAUGCUGCCAAAGGUCACGAUCUCCGCUCCAGCCGACUGCUUCUGAAGGAGCAUCAGCAGCUGGAGCAGGAGGCCAAGGAGCUGGCGGAGAAGAUCAACUCCAUCGUCAGCAGGGCCAAACACCUUGCCUCUAAUCACUUUGACUCACAGAGGAUCCUCCAGGAGACCGAGACUUACCUCACUCUGUUCAAGUCUCUCCAGAAGCCUCUGGACCGGCGUCGUGUACAGCUGGAGGCAUCCGUGCUGCUGUUUGGAUUUUAUCAUGACGUGGACCUGGAGCUCAGCUGGAUCUCUGAACAUGUUCCUGCCUCUGGAUCUACAGGAUAUGACAAGUCUCUGGCUGGAGCCAUCAGUCUCAUGCAGAAACACAGGGAGUUGCAAGCGGAAGUGAGUGCCCACCGAAAAUACCUGAAUCAUGUCCUGGAGAAGGGGCGGAGCCUGGCCAAAUCCAGCAAAUCAGACGGAGAAGAAGUGCUCCAUAGGUGCAGGCACCUGAGUGCAGAGUGGGAGGAGCUAGAAGAGGCCUGCAGCAGGAGAGCAGCUCACCUGAGCAAGGCCAUCACCAGAGAACAGCUGCUGUUGGAUUGCUCAGAGCUGGAGUCCAGGCUGACUGAGACACUCACUGUGGUGAACACCAAAGACUAUGGCAAAGACCAGCUGGCCACGCAGAGUCUUAUUACCAAACAUCAGGUGUUGGAGGGCCAGCGGGAGGUGCUGGAAGUGGAGGUGGAGGAGUUAGGAGACCAGGUGGAGCAGGCGUUUCAGAACUGGAGCCUAGAGGAGCUCAGCAGGCCCUACAGUCGCGUCAGCAGUCUGAACCAGCAGCUGCAGCACCAGGCUGCUCUCAGGGGUCAGAGGUUAAAGGAAGUCCUCCAUCUCCACGAGUUCAGACGAGAGUCAUCAGAGUUGGAGGAUUGGAUGAGCCAGCAGCAGCAGACAGCAGAGUCUCAGGACCUGGGCAACGACUACCAACAUGUUCAGUUGCUUCGUGGAAAGUUUGAAGGUUUCCUGAAGCAGCUGGAAGUCGGAGAGGAGAGACUGCAGAGCUGCAGUGACCUGGCUGCUCGACUGAUCCGCGACAAACACCCACAGAGUUCUACAGUCAGAGAGACACUGCAGCAGCUCAGUGCAUGCUGGGAGGAUUUGAAGGGUGUGGCUAGGGAGCGUCAGGAUCAGCUGCAGAGAGCCGAGGAAUGUCACCGCUUUUACCAAGACCUGACUGACGCACUGACACUCAUACAGGAGCGACAGAAGAGCAUCCCUGACGACGUGGCGAAGGAUUUGCGCGGAGUGAUGUCACAGCUGAGGAAACAUGAAGCUCUGCUCCAUGAGCUGGCUACCACAGAGCAACAGCUGCAGGAGCAGCUGGAUUCCGCCAACUCCAUCCUGGACCUCUGCACGCCUCAGUUGAAGCUCCGCCUACAGGAAGUGCAGCAGAAAGUGGUGGAGCAGUGGGAGGAGCUCCGACUUCACGCAGAGCAGAGGGAGGCGGAGCUAAAACUGGCAUGCCAGAGAUACCUGUUCCUCAACACGGUGCAAGAUUACUUCCUGUGGUGCAGCCAGCUGAUUGGUGCGAUGGCUGCUGGGGAGACCAUCAGCGACGUGGCGACCGCCGACCUCCAGCUGGCCCAGCACCAGCAGCUGUGGGCCGAGAUGGAAGCCAGACAAGAGAUGUACCAACAGGUUCUGGACAUGGGAGAAGAGCUACAGACACAGGACAGGGCCAACAGGAAGGAGGUGUUGGAGAAGCUGGAGGCUCUGCGGGCAGAGCGAGACAAAUUGGAGGAGCAGUGGAACGAGAAACAAAGCUGGUUAGAAACUGUUCACCUGGAGCAAGUCUUCUACAGAGACGUUAACAGCAUGGACAAAACCUCCAGCUCACAGGAGAUCCUGUUGCAGAACAGCACUUUGGGAAACACAGUUGAUGAGACAGAAGGUUUGAUCAAACGCCAUGAAGCUUUUGAGAAGUUGCUCAGCUCGCAGGAGGACAAGUUGUUCUCUCUGAAAGAACUAGACAAGCGGCUGAAGAAGCAGCUGAGCAGAGAGAAGAGCAGACGGGUCCAAACUAAACUUAAGGCCCUCCUCCAGCGGCGUGAUAGGAUCAAGGAGCUGUCAGUCAAACGCAGGGAGGAGCUUGAGCUUUCCAGGAUGCUGUGUAUCUUCAACCGAGAUGUUGCAGAGGCUAAGGAGUGGGUGUCUGAGCGGAUACAGAAGAUGGCGGAGGACGGUAAAGCAGACCUCAGCAAUCUGCAGGCCAAGAUGAAGCUUCUCCAGAAGCAUCAGGUGUUUGAGGCCGAGAUCCUGGCUCACAGCGAGAUCAUCAGCUCUGUACUGCUAGCUGGGGAGAAGCUAGUGUCCCUUCACCACCCGAGGUCCAAGGAGGUGAAGAGGAGUGCAGCCACCCUUGAGCUCCACUGGGAGGAGCUGAAGAAGGCCAUGGCAAACCGAGGUAAAGCUCUGGAAGAUAACAGAGACUUCCUGGAGUUCCUGCAGAAAGUUGAAGAGGUGGAGGCCUGGAUCAGACACAAGGAGGUGAUGAUUAAUGUUGGAGAUGUUGGGAAGGAUUAUGAACAUGGAGUUCAGCUGCUGAAGAAACUUGGCGAAUUUAGAGGAACUGGAGAUGGGGAUGUGACGGUGGACGACGCUCACAUCACAGCCAUCAACAGACUGGCAGGCAGACUGGAGAAGAGGCAGAGCGCUGAUGAGCUGGUUACUGUUAGACAGAGGAGACAGCAGCUCAAUGACAGGUGGAGUAGGUUUCACGGCGAUCUGAACAUUUACAAGAAGAAGCUGGAGGGGGCGCUGGUGGUCCACGCCCUCAUCAGAGAGCUGGAGGAGGUUAGAGAGAGAGCAAACGAGAAGAUGCUGCUGCAGGGUCAGGACUGUGGCUUUGAUGUGGACAGCGUAGAGAACCUGAUCAGACGCCACGAAGAAACAGAGAGAGAGGCUGGGGUCAUCCAGGAGAGGUCAGAGGCCCUGGAGAAGGAGGUCUCUGAUCACCUGAAGGCUCGAUCAGUGAUGAGCGACAAGCUGAAGAACAAACAGAAGGAGGUCCAGCAAGCUCUGAAGACUCUGGAGAAGGAGGUGAAACACAGGAAGGAGAAGCUGCAGGAGGCCCACCAGCUGCAGCUUUUCAAAGCUAACCAGCGCCUCCUGCUGGAGUGGACUGUCAAACAGCGCAGUGAGAUGGCAGAGAAAGGCCUUCCCAAGACCAGAGCCGAGGCCUACCGGCUCAUCGUCGAGCAUCAGGACUGGAAGACUGAGAUCGACGCUCGUGCCGAGCGCAUUGACUCUGUUCGGGACUUCGGUUUAGGUCUGAUCCGGUCUGGUCACAGUUCGAAGGCAGAGAUCCAGAAGGCCCUGAACCAGCUGGAGAAAGUGAAAUCCGAACUGGACCGAGCCUGGCUGAACCGUAACACUAACCUGGAGCAGGCCCAAACCCUGCAGGUCUUCCUGACCUCUGUAGAGCAGUGUGAAAGCUGGCUCAGCAACAAGGAGGCCUUUCUAUCCAAUCAGGACCUGGGGAGCUCGGUGACAGAGGUGGAGACUCUGCAGAGGAAACAGGCUCAGUUUGAGGAGGCUCUGGAGGCUCAGGUGGAACAGCUGGAUGAGGUGGAGAAAAUGGCCCAGAAGAUGAUCCAACAGAAGCACUAUGACUCCAACAACAUUAGAUCCAAGAGCAGAGCGCUCGCGAGCAGGUGGAGCCAGCUGCAGCAGCAGAGCAGAUCUCGUCACAAAGCUCUGGAUCGAUCACUGCAGCUGCAGCAGUUCUUGUCCAGCAGCUACCAGCUGUGUGUGUGGCUGAACGAACGUAAUGCUGUGGCGUUAGAUGAGAGCUGGAGGGAACCAACCAACCUUCAGGCCAAACUGCUGAAACAUCAGAGCUUUGAAACCGAGGUCCUCGCUAACCGCUACAGAGUGGAGACACUCACCAAGGAAGGAGAGAAGCUGCUGUCUGAAUCUUCCUCAGCUGAACUGAAGGCUCGACUCAGAGAUGUGACAGAAAGCUGGGCCGAUCUUAUCCACAACUGUAAUGAGAAGAAAACCAGACUGCAGCAGGCCUACCAGGCGCUGCAGUUCCAGCGUUCAUUGGAUGACAUGGAGCAGUUUGUGGGGUCAGUGGAGAGGGAACUGGCCAAUGAGGACUGUGGAAGCGACUUGCCGUCUGUCAACAGGCUGCUGAAGGCUCUGCAGGGGCUGGAGGAGGAGGUGGACGGACACAGAGACAGAAUCCAGGGUCUGGUGGAAACAGCGAAGAGCUUCCACUCUCAGGGAAACUUCCUGGCUGAGGAGAUCCAGACCAGAGUCACACACACCAUCAACAGGUACAACAGUCUGUCGGACCCCCUGCAGAGUCGGAGGGAAACCCUGGAGGCCUGGCAGGUUCUGUUCCAGUUCUACAGAGACCUGGAGGAGGAGGUGGCCUGGCUGAGCGACAGACUGUCUUCUAUCACUGCUAAAGACUUGGGGAGCUCCCUGAGCAGUACCCAGCAGCUGCUCCACAAACACCAGGCUGUGAUGCAGGAGAUCUCAAGCCGUGCCCCCUUGGUCCAGGCAGUGCAGGAAGCAGGACAUAGUCUGGUCAGAGGUCGUCACUUUGCGUCUCACGACAUCCGGGAGCGUCUCGAGGAGUUGAGCAGUCUCCAUGAGGAGCUGAUGAUGGAGGCGGAGACGAAGGGGAAACUCCUGCAGGAGGCGCUCAGCAUCCACACCUUCCUCACUGAGGUGUCUGAGCUGGAGCUGUGGUUGGAGGAGCAACAGGCAGGUUUGGAGUCUCGGGACAGUGGUAGGAGCGAGGAGGCGACAGAGGCUCUGCUGAGGAGGCUGGACUCUGUGGACGUGGAGCUGGAGAACCAGAGGAGGAUGUUGGAGAGGCUGCAGGAGAGUGGAGCCGCACUGCAGCACCUUGGACAUCCCAAUAGCCACAUGGUCAGUGAGUCUCUCCCAGCUGUGCUCGAACACUUUGAGACUCUCCUCCGACUCUCCUCCGCUCGUCGCAGCGCUCUUGAAGAUCAGCUCCGCCUCUACGUGUUUGAGAGAGAAGCCAAAGAACUACAAACAUGGCUGACCUCCAAGAAGACACUGGCAGAGUCCAUGGGUUGCGGAAAAGAUCUGGAGGAUGUAGAGGUCCUUCAAAAGAAGUUAGAAGUUCUGGUUUCCGAGAUAUCCAGUCUGGGUCGGAGCCGGCUGACCUCAGUACAGCAGCUCGGCAGAGGGCUGCAGCAGGACGGCCAGGCCCGGAGGAUGGACGAUGCCCUCAGCAGGCUGUGGGAUGACCUCAACAGCAGUCUCAGGACCAGAGAACAGAGUCUGCAGUCAGCAAGGGAGAUUCAUCAGUUUAAUCAUGAUAUCGACGAGCUGAAGGGCUGGAUGGCUGAGAAGGAGGCUGUGCUAGACUCAGAGGACCAGGACCUGCACUCUAUCCAGACUCUGCUGACACAACACGAGGCGCUAGAGAGGGACCUGGUUUUGAUCUCUGAGGAGGUGACCAGAAGCCGAGAAGAGGGCCGGGCUCUGAACAGACGACACCCUCAGGCCAGACCUGCUGUGACUCAGAGGCUGGAUGAGCUGGAGGCCUGCUGGACCAGCAUCCAGGACAAGGCCUCCCAGCGCCGCACUAGACUGGGCCAGGCUGAAGACGUGCAGAAAUACUUAUCCCAGUGGAGUGAACUCAUGGCCGUGCAAAGGGAGAUGCUGUCUUUGGUACGAGGCGAGACGCUGAGCGUGGAGGCAACUGACCUGGAGCAGCUCAUUAAAAAGCACGAUGAGUACCGUGUUCAGAUUGACAGACAGCUCAGCAAAUCACAGGAUGUGAAAGAGGAAGGGAGACGUCUGAUGGAGGAAGGAAACUUCAUGUCCCAAGAGGUGGGGGAGCGUGUCUGUGAGCUGGAGGAGCUGGAGGUGCAAGUGAAGAAGUUUUGGGAUGAAACCAGGCUCCUGUAUGAGGAGGAGCUGGAGAUUUCACUUCUGCAGAGGGAGCUGGAGCAGGCAGAGCACUGGCUGAGCUCCUAUGAAAACAUACUGAUGGCUGAAGACUACGGGGACUCUGUGUCGGAUGUUAUGGAGCUCCUGAAGAGGCAGGAGGACUUGGAGGCCAUGAUCCAGGCCCAGAGCGACCGCUUUAUCGCACUGCAGAAGAAGAAAACACAGAGGGAGAAGAGACUGAGUCUUAAUGGCAAUGAGAACAUAGACCCUGAGGACAGAAAACCUCCAGCAAGAGUUUCAUCCCUGAGGAGUAAACAGUCAGAACAAAAGACCCCGCGAAUCUCUUCCUCUAGAAACAGCAUCCGACAAGUCAGCACUGGCAGGAAGACGGACAGAACAUCCAGGUCGCUAGUGCCAGACGAGGAAACAGACAGUACCAGCCUCACAACCUCUGCUAGCACCCCACCUAGCCCAUCUCUCCACCCUGACUUGAGAGAAUGCUUGAGCUCCAGCAGGAAGGCUCAGAAAUGGGAAGUGGAAGAAGAAGCUAACAGUCUUCCUGUUAGUCCUAGCUCCAGCACAACUGUAAAUCCUUGGAAACAUCAAACCAGCCACUCAAACAUGAUGCCUGGAACUCCCCUCAGAGCAUUCGAUGAGCCCUCCUCUCCAAAACGUCCUGAAGUUUCUCCACCUUCCUCCCCAAAACCUCCCUCCUCUACUCAAACAUCUGUUUCUUCUUCAUCUAAAGAAACUCCUAAUGAAGACUGUCGCCACCGAUCCAAACCUCCUCUGGCUCCAAAGCCCAGAAUCUCCUCCACAGGGCGGGUGUUCGGACGGCACGUUGAGCCCCCGAACCAACCAGAGAAGCCCACUAUACCACCUGACUCUCCUCCACUAAUCAGAGAGCUCCACAACCUGGAAUCACCGAUCAGCAAACAGCCUGAUCUUCCUGAUUUUCUGAUUCCACCUUCUGCUGAAGAGGUUACACCACCUGACUCCCCCACUGCUGCAGCAAUUAGAGAGGAGGGUACUGAAUCAGCUGACCUUGUUCCUCCAACAGACUCUGUGUCGGAUGUUAUGGAGCUCCUGAAGAGGCAGGAGGACUUGGAGGCCAUGAUCCAGGCCCAGAGCGACCGCUUUAUUGCACUGCAGAAGAAGAAAACACAGAGGGAGAAGAGACUGGGUCUUAAUGGCAAUGAGAACAUAGACCCUGAGGACAGAAAACCUUCAGCAAGAGUUUCAUCCCUGAGGAGUAAACAGUCAGAUCAAAAGACCCCGCGGAUCUCUUCCUCUAGAAACAGCAUCCGACAAGUCAGCACUGGCAGGGCGACGGACAGAACAUCCAGAUCGCUAGUGCCAGACGAGGAAACAGACAGUACCAGCCUCACAACCUCUGCUAGCACCCCACCUAGCCCAUCUCUCCACCCUGACUUGAGGGAAUGCUUGAGCUCCAGCAACAGUCUUCCUGUUAGUCCUAGCUCCAGCACAACUGUAAAUCCUUGGAAACAUCGAACCAGCCACUCAAACAUGAUGCCUGGAACUCCCCUCAGAGCAUUCGAUGAGCCCUCCUCUCCAAAACGUCCUGAAGUUUCUCCACCUUCCUCCCCAAAACCUCCCUCCUCUACUCAAACAUCUUCAUCUAAAGAAACUCCUAAUGAAAAUGGUCGCCACCGAUCCAAACCUCCUCUGGCUCCAAAGCCCAGAAUCUCCUCCACAGGGCGGGUGUUCGGACGGCACGUUGAGCCCCCGAACCAACCAGAGAAGCCCACUAUACCACCUGACUCUCCUCCACUAAUCAGAGAGCUCCACAACCUGGAAUCACCGAUCAGCAAACAGCCUGAUCUUCCUGAUUUUCUGAUUCCGCCUUCUGCUGAAGAGGUUACACCACCUGACUCCCCCACUGCUGCAGCAAUUAGAGAGGAGGGUACUGAAUCAGCUGACCUUGUUCCUCCAACAAGGGAGCUGCCUCCGUCUACUCCACGGCAGCAGAGAAGGUUAGAAGAUCUACCAGAUGAAGAACCAGUCCUCCCCAGCUCCACAGCAGAGGUAACAGCGGUGCAGCCAGUCAGAAUGGAAGGGCUGCUGGAGAUCAAACUAAAACAAGGAGGAAACAAGAGUCUGGAGCACUGGGAGGAGGUGUUUGCUGUCCUGGAAGGAGAGACGCUCAGCCUGUUUACAGACAGAGAAGCUGCUGCAGAGAGGACCUCUAGGUGGCCCCCUAUCAACAUGGUUGGAGCUGCUUGCAAGGAGAACGUUAACUACAGGAAGAAGGAGAACACUUUCAAACUCAUACUGGAGGACGGCAGUCAGUAUCUGUUUGCAGCUACCAGCAGAGAACUCCAGCUGCUGUGGAUGAAGAAGCUCCAAAACUGCACUGAAUCUGCCGGCAGCGACUCUGACGACUCAGGGAGAGCAUCAUCAGUCAACCUGAGUUUGGAAAAGUUGGCGGAGGCUCCGGAUGAUUCAACCUCGACCAAGCCGUUUGACGGCAGACCUGAGAGCCUGGAUAGACAGUCAUCCACCGAGGGGCAACCUCCUCCCAAACCCCCCCACACAUACUACAACAAACACCGCUACCCUAGAGAAGGAGAGGUCAGGAGCACAGGUACACAGAGCCAUCAAAACCAGCCCCCUUUAGUGCCUCCUCCUCCUCGUCCGAACCCGGACACCCAGGGCCCCCCCAGUGUGAACCCUCACCUAACAGACGACAGCAAAGACAAGUCAAGGAGGAGCGUCUUCAGGAAGCUUUUCACUAAGAAGUAGAGCUUUAUUGAUUCUCUGCAGCUGUCCUUCCUCAUCACCAGCCGGUUUCCUUCAUCCUGGGAAGACAAAUUGUGCAGGUGACACAGCCACUGAAGUUUUGGAUAUUAAUGUUGGAAUAAUAAAGUAAAGUCAAUAAAUGGUACAAUUUCCAGACAUGACGCUAGAGGAGGCGUCUGAUCUGAAGUAAAA